UCAUGGUAAAAAUUUGUAAUUUUUUUCUGUUACAGUGAAUCCUUCGAUCAUAAAGACUUGUAUGUGAAUGCAGUAAUGAUGAUAAAAUGUCAAAAGUUAUCGACACGAAUUAUGAGGACGGUUUGAUGUUAUCUGGAUACCAAAAAAAAUUGAAUACAAUGAAAAAAAAGUUUUUUGUAUUAUACAGAGAUACUAUCCAAGAGGGCGCCCGGUUGGAAUAUUUUGAUAGCAUGAGAAAGUUUAAGUCUGGCUUAGCUCCAAAACGUGUGGUAAAAUUAGAGAACUGCUUUAAUAUUAAUCGGAGAUUAGAUACAAAGCAUGACUAUGUAAUAGCACUUGCAACGAAAGACGGUGGCUUCGGCAUGGUUUUAGAAACUGAAGCUGAGAUGUUAAAGUGGCUACAAGCGUUGCUUUCGCUUCAACGUAGUAUUACGAAUAAAGAUGAUAUUCUAAUUCCUAAAUUUGAUCACGUUUGGCAAGUGGUAGUACAAAAGAAAAGCUUGGCAGAAGAAAGGAAAAUUAUAGGAAACUAUCAUGUAUGCUUGUCCCCAAAGUCUGUUACUUUUAUAAGAAUUGGUUCAGAAAAGUCGUCAUCAGGAUAUAUUAGAGCCACGGACAUACAUAUUCCGUUAAACACCAUAAGAAGAUAUGGCUGCGACAAAUGCAUAUAUUUUGUAUCGACGAAAAUUUCAACAACAAUCUAUCUGCACAAGAUGACAAGCUAUUAAAGUUACCCGAGUUCAGUGAAAAAAUUGCUGCUGUCUUAUCGCUUACAAACUCAAUCGUCCUGCUAGUCGGCCAAGUUUCCCACCAUCAACAACUAAACGAAAUGUAGAAAAGAGCAGAACAUCUAGUUGCGGAUGUCCACUUUGAUCAAUAUGAUCACUUUCCCAUUUGGCUUCCUAAAGACGGUGGAAAAAGAAAAUGUAAAUUGUGUCUAAGUUCAGACGCAGUGUUUUUGUUCCAAAUGUAAACUAAAUUUAUGC